AUGGCAUUACCACUCAAAGCCAAAAGUCACCGCAAGCGUCAUGUACCUGUGGGUCCAGCGGGAAUCUGGUUCCAAUCAUCACAAAGCAGUAAUACUACUGGCACCAACGGCGUGUGCCCAAGCGAACGUACGUCAGCUGCCUGCCGCCACAACGCUCCCGAAGAGGAAGAGCUAGAGAUGACACAAUUGUCUCAAACUCAGGCAAUUUCUACCGAGACAAGCCGCAACACCCACGUUGCUUUUUACUCACCCGCUUGGAUGGCAAUGCAAGUGAGUCUAGGCUUUGUGACACCUUCCUUACCGGCACAUUUUUCUCCGUGGCAAAAAUACCGUGCGGUGCGUCCCCACCUACCGUCUCAAUAUCUGCUACUUCGUGACUUGGAGCGGGUUUCGUGGAAGUUGCCGUCCUCCCAAACUCUACUGGUGGUCGUUGAGUCCAUUCAGGCCUUGGCGGCGGACCACGUUUCUUGGAUCGUCACGUUGACAGACGAAACGCAAGAGACAAUGGCGGCGUGGAUUCAGCCACGUCUCGUUGCGGAUGAAGAACAGCGUGCUGUGCCCAAAUAUUUGCGUGUCGGCGUGGUUUGGGCCUUAUCCGAUAAGGUGACAUUAUCCCUCAAAUCGGCAGCCAAUAAUGAUAGCAACGACGAAGAUGAAGCUGGCGAUUUCUUUUUCGAGGAAGCCAUUACACACAAUGAAACAAGGUUUUCGGCGCAAUUGCAGACGCGCUCUGAGCGACUGUUGCUGAUACGAGAAGAAAACAUCCAGCAGGCAUGGGCUCCAAGCCACGCGGAGCUAAGAGUAUCGGAUGAAGACUACAUUCGGUGGGUGGAGCGACGCAGUGCGUUGCGAAUGGAUAUUGCCGACACAUUAGUCACGACCAUUGAAGCCGCUCAUGGCACACCGGAGGUAGAGAAAGACAAGCAGUCCGCGGAUCAGAAUGCGUCGACGUGUUGCGAUAAUAGUGAUUCGUCGUCGGACGAGGAAGAAGCCGAGUUUGAGUUUCCCGUAUCUAAACAGAAUGUGCGACGAUCAGUCGUUGAGACCGAUGCUGAUACACCCACUACUCUUUCGUCUAGAAAGCGCAACAUUCGAUCCGCACUGCUACCGACUUCGGCUUGUCCGACAGAUACUCAAACCAAACAUCGAGCUAGCGGCCCCGACACAGCUGCGCCUAGCAAGCCGCAAAAUACCCAGACCACCAGGCCUUUCUCCUUUUCUCAAAGUAUACCUAUCCAAUUACAGACAACACGGCUACACGAGUCCUCCCCUUGUCAAUUCCCAGGCAAAAACCAAUACUCUGAAAAUUCGGCAGAUUUCUUAGCUUCUACCGCUACUAUGAUUCGGUCCCCUGUUAGCCUCGCUGGACCGUCUACAAAGCAAAACGAUCGAAGCAGUCGCCAUUCAUCAAAUCCAUUCGAGAGCUAUGCUUUAAGUCGAAGGCCUAGUACUGCACACGACCAGCCAUUGACAUCUCAAGCAAACGGCAAAAAAGAGAUUGAACAAGCAGUAGUCAUCGAAAUUUUCUCAGAAUCUUCUGGCAUUAAAGAAAAUAAGAAGCCUACUCAGACGCCUGAACUGGACAUCAAAACAAGCGAAAGUCGGACCCGACCACCAUGUGAUACUAUUAAUUAUGCCCGGACCGAGGAGCACAGCUCUACUUCCGUGCCGUCGAAGAAACGUCGGAAGUCGUCCCUUUGUCCGCAAGUCAAGACGGGGAUUCCAAGUGGGGUGGUCUUUCCUUCAAGUCUUUGGGCCACAACUGACGCAUCAUUCCUGGAUUGCAUAGAAAAUGAAAAUGACAAUAUCUCAAUGAAAGAGUCUUGCUCGUCUUUGAUCCCUGUUCAGGAGCCUACAAUCGUAAUCGAUAGUCAUACAAACGUGUGCGACGGGUCGGCGAACUCAUCUAGACCAAUCCCCGCUAAAAAGGCAUCCGCGCUCUUUCAAGCUGGGGCCUUGGAUGGCAUAGCUGAUUUGGAAGGUCUUUUCGACGAGUGACUUGACCGAAUGCAUAUGACGAUCAACUUACAAUGGCUGCCUAACUUUCCCAUGUUGGCUGUAGAGGCUUGUGGGUGCAUUUGAAGGAGAAAACAUUCGUGAAAGCAGCGACCAUUGGAAGCGGUGGCAACUUGCUUUUAUGCCUACAGUAGGGUUCUAAGCAAAAGUGGGAGUAAUUAGACGGGAAGCGUUCGGCAUUAUGAGUUCUCCUAAUUCCCACAAACCGGCUUUCCGGAUGUCAGUUCAAAAUCUAAAAGUUACAGAAGAAUUACUAUUCAGACAAUACGGGUAUUGAUCGAAAGACUUCGGCUAUCCAAGUCUUUCUGCACACAACUCACUGUCAAUUUUUGAUCAGCGACCAAUCACAAGUUACACGAGGACGCUGGUCCACUUUGAUGGGACCAUCACGAUGAACUUGCAAUUCCUCUCUCGCAUUCACAUCAAGCAGAUUCUCUGCCAGUCAUGUGAGAACGAAUACAAGCAAGGCCAUGGUUCUCGCCUAAAGUAUUUGACAUACGUGGCGCCGACUUUGAAGUUAAACCAGUCUAGUUACGGAGGCAGGAUGCGGAAUACAU